AUUCGUGGGCGUGUCUUAGUAACAACCCGACACCGAGUUACAGCGUUUGUAAAAAUUUUUCCUUACGCGAAAAUUUAUUUGGAAAUUUCGUUUUGUUGUUACCAGACACAACAAAAUUGCUAAAAUUGAAACAAAAAGUAAAAUCGUUUUGAGAGAAACAUUAUUCCGCGACGUUUUGGACGUCUGCAUACCAUUUUGGGCCUCUUCACCUGCGCGGAUUUUUUUGGGCGGAUUGACGCCAUCAUCUGCACGAAGGCAAGCAACAGCGCCAGAAACAAGAAUUCCUUCACAUUUGAAGUGGACAGACAUGGAGAGUUUGAGCAACUGAACCUGGCACAAUGUCAUCAAUCUUUGGACUUCCGACACAAGGCUCAAAUGUAACAAUUUUGAUUACCUGGGUUGAUGUACAUCCCCGUUGUCUGUUCAUUGAAUUCUGGGCAAAUUUUGGACAAGCGAGGGCAGUGGAUUAUGAAUCCCUGACCAAAAAUAUUCAGUCCCCUGCAAAUUUAUUUCAGGAAUUUGAAGGAAAUCCUGGUGACUUGUGCUUAGUUCAGAACGAGAUUGAUGGUAGAUGGUAUAGGUCCCGCAUUGUGACAAGAAGUGGAUGUAACUGCAAAGUCUUCCUCAUUGAUAAAGGGAUCACAUGCAUCACUACCACAAAGUUAUUGGCUUGGGGUAACAGGGAAUACUUCCACUUGCCACCUGAAGUGGAGUUUUGUUUGCUUGCCAAUGUAGUGCCGCUCUCUCCUGAAAAUAUAUGGUCUCCUAGUGCACUUGAAUUUGUGAAGUCUUUUCAAGGGAAGACAGUUAGAGCAUAUGUGCAAGAUGUACUAGUACAUCAAAGAAAGCUUAUUUUGGACAUCCCUUGCAUAACCAAGUGCAUGCAACAAAUGGGGUUAACAAAGAAACUGGAGCCAAGCAUGUUCCUGGAUGUUGUUCUCAAGGCACAAGAGCCUAGAACUGAAGCUGAGAAGUUUGAUCAAAACUCAGUGGGUGAAGUUGAACAACUAAACAAGAAGGACUUGUACAUGUAUCCAGAGCUGACAAAAGGAGCUGUGGAGACUGUUGUAGUCACAGAAGUAACCAAUCCACAGCGCAUUUUCUGUCAGUUGAAGAUUUUUUCUCAAGAGUUGAAUAAAAUCUCCCAGCAAAUCACAAAGUGCUGUCAGGGAAGAAUGGUCAGAUGCAGUGUCGAUCCCGAAAUGAUAGGAUUUCCUUGUGCUGCAAGAGGAAAUGACGGCAAUUGGUACCGCUCUGUUCUGCAACAGGUAUUUCCAUCAAACAAACUGCUGGAAGUACUUAACGUUGACUAUGGCACAAAACAAUUGGUUCAAAUGGAAAAUGUUAGACCACUGGCUCCGGAGUUCUUCAGAAUGCCUGUUGUGACCUAUGUGUGCUCACUCCAUGGAGUUAUUGACAAAGGGGUUGGAUGGACAAGCACACAGAUUAACUAUCUAAAGUCCUUACUCUUGCACAAGACCCUCAUUGCCAAAUUCCAGUACCAAAGUGUCACAGAGGGUGUUUAUUAUGUUACUCUCUAUGGUGAUGAAAAUAAAAACCUCAACAACAUGUUUUGUUCCAAAGACAACCGCUUGCUGGAGAGUGAACAAACACCUGCUGAUUAUGCAACUGGAAACAUGGUGUCCAGGAUCCAGCACCCGUCCCAGUUUCAAAACCAAGGUACGAUCUUACCUUUCGGGCAGACGGCGGUAGUUGAAGAAAAAGUGGAGCAAACGGACAGAUUUCCAGUGGAGAAUGUCUUUCCUGGCACUUUAUAUGUGGCACGUGUCUCUCACGUAACCAACCCUCACGAGUUUUGGAUCCAAACACAAAACCAUACAAAUGAGCUUGAUGAAUUAAUGGGGAAUAUUUCCCACUUGUACAAAUAUACAGACAACAAAUAUGUGAUGGAAACGCCAACACUUGGUGCCAACUGUGCAGCUAAAGCAGCUGAUGGGGAUUUCUACAGAGGUGUUGUGUCAGGAAUUGGUGAAGAUAAAAUCAAGGUGUUCUUUGUGGAUUAUGGAGGCACUGAGGAAGUUGACAGGAGUGACAUCAGGACUCUUCCUGAUAGGUUACAAGAAACACCAAAACUUGCUCUGAAAUGUUCAUUAGCGGGCAUCGGGCCAAAAGAUUCCAGAUGGAGUCGCUGUGCGACCGACUUUUUCAUCAAAGUUACCACAAACAAACUGCUAAAUGUAGAGGUGAUGAAAAAACAUGACCUUACCCAUGUUGUGACACUGAUGGAUCCCAAGUCACGUGAACAAAGGGAUAUUGGUUCACUGCUGUGCUCUUCUGGCCUUGCUGAACGGAAUGAUAUUAAAAAAGCCUCCCAAAUCUCCACUGAGCAAUCGAAAGCUGGAAUCUUGUGUGAUUUCAAAAAUGUUCCUCCUCAGGCCCUGAUCAAUCCUUUUACCAAAGAAUCAAAACCUGGGAAGUUCCCGGAAACUAUGUUUCCCAUUGGUAGUGUCCUGGAUGUCAAUGUGUCAUACAUCACAAGCCCAAAUGAUUUUUGGUGUCAACUAAAUACAAACUCACGGCAGCUGAAUUUGAUGAUGCAUAACAUACAAGCACACUACGCAGGCAGCAUUUAUGAACCUUUUACAGAAAGUGCUUGUGUUGUCCGCCACCCUGACAAUGGAAAGUGGUAUAGGGGUCUUGUAGUUCAGAAACAUGAACAAACUCGAGUAACAGUUCUGUUUGUUGACUACGGCCAAACAAAAACAGUCUCUCUCUACGACCUGAGGGCCAUCUCCCAUGAAUUUCUUGAGCUGCACAGUCAAGCGUUUCGGUGCAGUCUGUUCAACCCUUCCGAGGUCAUGUCAGCUUCAAAUGACUGGAAUGACGACGAAAAAGAAAAGUUUGUCAACUUUGUGGAAACUGCUUCUUCUGACUUUGGUGAAUUGAAGUGCACUGUUUAUGCAGUCAUGUACAAUGAACAAAAAAUUGUCUUCAACAUUGUGGAUCUAGAAACUCCAUUUGAGAGUAUCUGCACUACUAUGGCAAAAUGUGUUCAUAGUAUGCCCCACAGCACAGUCCAGAAACCCUCUUUUCACUUGAAUGCAUACUACUACUCAGCAUACAACAUCAAAAUCGGAAAUGAAGAACAAGUCAAAGUCACAUGCGUGAACAGUGUCAGUCAGUUCUACUGCCAACUUGAGAGGAAUGGUGAUAUGCUCAAGGACCUGAAUGUGAAUGUCAACAGGCUCUGUCUUCAGCUUGGCAAUGUGAAACCUCCAAAAGUAUUUGGAACAUUGUGCUUUGCAAAGUACGUUGAUGGGCUGUGGUACAGGGGUCAAAUCAAGGCCAUUAAGCCAAAAAUCCUUGUUCAUUUUGUUGAUUAUGGUGAUACAGCUCAAGUGGAUGAGUCAGACUUACUUCCAGUCCCCAAAGAAGCCACCAACAUAAUGUCUGUCCCUGUGCAAGCAGUCGUCUGUUGUCUCUCCGAUGUCCCAACAGAUGUUCCCCGUGAAGUGAAUGACUGGUUUCAAACAUCUGUGACAGAUGGCAAAUACCAAGCACUUGUUGUAGCCAAAGAACCCAGUGGGAGUCUGCAGGUUGAACUUUAUCACAAAAACAUUCAAAUCAAUUCCCAGAUAAAAAACAUCUUUCAUCUUAAAGGGCAUACUGAAGGUCAGGUUCUCUACCAGCAUCGGAAAGCACCCGAGUUCAAGAAGGAAAAGGAGGCAAUGUCUGUUGGCCCCCAUACCAAUAAACAGCUUAACGGAAAACCUGAAUUUCAAGUAAGACAAGCGACACAAUAUUCAAGAUGGAAUUUGGACACCAAUCUGAGGGCUAAAACCCCAUUAGGAGAGCUGUACCAACCACCAUACCGAAGGCAGCAUGAGAUCAAGCCCAAGGAAAUUGAAAAAGAAGAAAAUGUCACAAUCACAAACGAUUCCAAAUCACCUAUUAAAGAUUCUGGCAAUGUGCUUCACCAAACUAAACAUCCAAAACGAUCCACACUCGAAGACUUGCACAAAAAUGUAAUCACAAUGGGUAUGGCAGCAGAUGUCUAUGUUUCACAUUACAACAGUCCAGCAAGUUUCUAUGUGCAGCUUGUCAGCGAGGAGGAUAAAAUAUUCUCCCUAGGUGACAAGCUUAAUGACGCCACUCCCAAAAUCAGCAUCCCUGAAGUAGAUGUAGGUGACCUAGUUGUAGCAGAAUUCGCUGACGAUUCCUUAUGGUACCGGGCAGGUGUAAAAGAAGUGUUCUCUGACUCGAUGGUUCUUGUUGAGUUUGUUGAUUUUGGCAACACAGCACAAUUGCCACUUUCCAAACUAGCAAAACUCCAUCAGGCUUUUGAGCUGUUGCCUAGGUACAGCACACACUGCAUGCUAAGCGAAGCUGAAUCUCUUGAAGUUCUUGAUGCAGAAGUGGUGUCGACUCUGAAGAAAGAUAUUGGCUCAAAUCCUGAGAAAAAACUGAAAUGCCAUUUUGUACAGGAAGCAGAAGGAGUGUGGCAAGUCACUCUUGAGGAUAAUGGUGUUCAGAUCACAUGUGAAACACCUGCAGCAUGUCCUGAAAUCCCAUCUGACACAGAAGAGGGAAGAAGUGAACAGAACACAAAACCUUCACCAAAUGUGUGUUCGCGCUCUUACCACCAAAUAGAUUUUACAGAGGGACAACGGCUAGAUGUUUACAUCUCAGCUGUAUGUGAUGCGCAUACCUUUUGGUGUCAGCCUGCUGAUUCAGUUGCUCUUGAUAACUUAUCUGAAAGUCUCUCAGAAAUCGGAAAGGCAGCUCAUAAUACAAAUGUCAGCAUAAGCGCUCAGUCGCCUGGCAUGCCUUGCAUUGCAUUUUUUGCAGAUGAUCAGCUUUGGUGCCGUGCUGAAGUACUGAAUAAAAAUGGAGAUGUGCUGUCAGUUGUCUUUGUGGACUAUGGAAACACAUCUGAAAUUACCAUUACAGAUGUGAGGGAGAUAUCAAGUGACCUGUUAGAAACUCCAAAACAAGCAUUUCUGUGUAAGCUUGAAGGGUUUGAUGACCCAAAUGGAUCAUGGUGUGAAGGUGCUUUUGAUGCACUGGCUUCAGUUACUGAGGACAAAUUAUUACAGAUGACUGUCACCAAGCCAUCUCGAGAUAAUAAACAGAACAUGCAUCUUGUACAGCUGGAAUGUGAAGGGCAGCUCUUAAAUGAGACUAUGAAAAGCUGGUGGGUGACUUCAACACUGAAAACAAGUCCCGACGUCACACAGCUCGUACUGGAUAAACACCAAGACCCAAUUGAUGAAUCCGAAAGAAAGCCAGAAAAUGAACCUACUGACACUGAAGAUGCAAGACACUUUCCUGGUGCAGACACUGAAAGCCAAUGGAAUGAUGCGGAAUUUCACAAUAUAGUAGCAAGCACACCAAAGAACAUUGAGAGCCUUUUGGAUUUUCUUCAAAUUUCAAGUCCUACCGAAAACUUACAAGAAGAGAGCCACAGCCCAAGUGAAGUGAUAAGCACUGUCCCUGCAGUUUUGAUUCCUCACAUGGAAACUAGUGUUUCACAGAUUGAUAGUGGAAUAGAAGUAAAUGUGUUGCCUUUUCAAAAUGUGGCCAAGAAUAGUAAAAUCCUUGACGAUGAAGAGGUGUACAUAACAGAUGCAUCUUUGUCCGAUGAGAACAACUCUCCACCAGAAAAGACCAUGGAAAAGUCCGGGAUCCAGUUGACCCCAUUUGAAGUGCUGGAUACCUGUACCAUUGAAGAUUGCUUUCAAGUCCAGAGUUAUUUCCCUGAUCCAAAUGUUGCUUCUGAUGACGACAAGGAUGCAGAUUUGGCUGCAGAUAUGAAUGGGACAAAAGUGAAAAUGAUUCCAGAAGAAUCAGUGCUGCCUUCUCUUGUGCCUGUUGAACAGCAGUUACAUGGUGACCUCGCAAUGGAUUGUCCAGAUCCCACAGAGCAGCAAAAUGAAGCUGAAGAUGUCAUCUCACAGCUUGAGAAAAUACAUAACGAUACAGUGACUGAGGAUGAGACUGAGUCUUUGACAACAAACGACUGUUUAGAUCGUCCGUCUGAAAUUGGAACCGUAUCCAGCGGGUCACAUACAGUUUCUUCUACAACUGUGGGAGCAAUGGCUGAGGGGAUGAUUCACUCUGUUGACGUGUCAGAAGAUCUAAAUGAGGAGAGUGAUGGCGUAAUUGCCACGAGCCACCAUUGUAGCAUCAGCGCGACAGGAGAGGAAAUGUGUAACACUAUGGCAGAAGACGAGAAUUCAUAUUUUCCUGAAAGUGAGGAUUCUGUGCCUUGUGACACAGAGUGUUACACUAUGGCAGAAGAUGAGAAGUCAGAUUUUCCUGAAAGUGAGGAUUCAGUGCUGUGUGACACAGAGGCAAGAUCUCUCAUACCCCUCAGUCCAGAUGAGUGUCGUGUUGAAGAAGUGAUCGGUCUUGUCAGAGCAUUGUCUUUGACAGACAAAGAUGACAUAGAUCAAGAAAAGGAGGCUGCAAUGCAUGACCAAAAGGAGGACGAGGAGACUGACAGAGGGGAUUACGCCAAGGAUGACAACGAUUUGGUGCGUGCAGAUUUUUUUCCCUCUGACAACGUCUGCCUUGAUGAUGAUGGAUCAACAGAGAAGUGACAGCGCCCACAGUUAGAUUUGGUUAAGUGGUGUUAGCUUGUCCUGUUCCGAGUGUGUACUUUUGAGUUACAAAGGCACAAGUGUUCAGUACUGUUUGUAUUUUUCCUUUUCACUUAAGGAACAGACCUGAUUUAUUGCAAAAUGCAUGAAAAAAUAAACAAGUUCAUAAUGUACACUAUAUGCCAAGAUUUAAACAUUACACUGUAUACGUACAUAACACUUUACUGACAUAUUGAUAAUGAAGGCACACACAGUAUCCCACAUGUAUAUGUGUUCACAUGUACAGGGUUAUACAAAAAGAAUGAACUAAUUUCACGACUCCUCUGUUUUCAAGCAUCAUGGAAUAUGUUUGACCAUUUGCAAAGGUUUUGGGUGGCUGCAUCAGGGCACUCAGUGCUGCUUGGUUUGCUUGUGAGAUUGUUGGACCUCACCAUGUUGUUUUUCUGGUGGGGAUAGGCAAGGAAUUUAUUAAUAUUCCAUUUCUACCUAUCAAGCCUAAGCAUAUUUAACAUUGAAUAACAGAUUGGCUCAUAGUAAUGAUCUUGGAUGGAUAAUGGAUGGUGAAAUGUUGAUAGGCGUUUGGGAGGAGUGUGCUGAAAGUUAUGGCCAAAAUGAACACUUGUAAGGCGGGAAAAAGUCGAUUCGAGGUAUAAUACUUAUGAUAUGGCUGAUAUUUUUCACAUUAAAGAUGCAUAAUAGUAGCCAUUCUUUUUGAAUAAUCCUGUACUUAUAUUUCUUUACUUUUGAUCCAACCAUUAUAGCUCGUAAUGUUAGCGUACUAAUUUGGCUCAUGAUGCUAAAUUAAUAGAGCACAUUAACUUUACAAAGGUUUUGGUAACAAACAAACAAUCAUGCAGGACAUAUUUUGAUUAAAAACAAAUACUGAUGAAUAGGAACAGUAUUGAAUUACUUUAAAUUGGUCAGUUAUGUGCUAAAAACAAAUGUUCAAAUAAAACUAGCUGAACUAAAAAUGUUGUAAAAACAA